UCUCAGUGUGCUCCUGUAACAUCUGUGUGUGUGUGUGUGUGUGUGUGUGUGUGUGUUAAUAAAUAGACCAGUGGAAGAGUGAAAAAGACAAACAGCAUCACACACAGAGUGUAAGUGUUGUGUUUAGAACAACGUAAAGAUGAGAGUCGUUAACCUGGGUCCAGACCCGUCUCUGGCGUUUCGUCCUGAGCUGCUGCCCAGUGACGGGAAAGAGAAAUCUGACUUCAGAAACUUUGUGAGCGGAGAGCUUUAUGAACGUGUGUUUAACACAUACAGACUGAUGCACACACACCAGACGCUGGACUUCGUAAGACAGAAGCAUGCAGAGUGGUCAGGCUGUACUCACGCUCGUAUGACCAUGAUGGAGAGCAUUCAGUGUUUGGAUCAGUUGAUCGAUGAAUCUGACCCCGAUGUCAACUUCGCAAACUCUUUCCACGCCUUCCAAACCGCCGAGGGAAUCCGCAAGGAACAUCCGGAUAAAGACUGGUUCCAGCUGGUUGGUCUCAUUCAUGACAUCGGUAAAGUCAUGGCCUUAUGGGGAGAACCUCAGUGGGCCGUGGUGGGAGACACCUAUCCUGUAGGCUGCCACUUUCAGAACUCCAUCGUUUUCAGAGACUUGACGUUUGUGGAGAAUCCAGACAACAAGAACGAGACAUUGAACACAGAGUGUGGGAUUUAUGAACCUCACUGUGGGCUGGACAAUGUUCUGAUGUCUUGGGGACAUGAUGAAUAUUUAUACCAAGUGAUGAAGUUUAACAAGUGUCUGAUUCCUGAGGAGGGUCUGUACAUGAUCCGUUUCCACUCCUUCUACCCCUGGCACACACACGGACACUACACACACCUGUGUAACGACAAAGAUCUACAGAUGCUGCCAUGGGUCAAAGAGUUCAAUAAGUUUGAUUUGUACACUAAAAGCACGGAGCUGCCGGAUGUGGAGGAGCUGAAGCCGUAUUACCAAUCACUCAUUGAUAAGUUCUGCCCCGGAGUCCUGCUCUGGUGAACACGGCUUAAAGCAGCGGUGUGCGAGUCUCAGAGAGAGGAAGAAGCAGCUCUGCUGGGGUCAGGGGGCAGGGCUCAUUUCAGGGCCAGAAAAAUGUCAAUUCAAGCCUGAAAUCGUUGAAUAA